AUGUCCUACGUCACACAAGGAUCAAUCCCUGAGGUUUUGGAAAAGUACGCCAAUCAAUCUUUGGAAGAACGUACCAAUUGUUUGCCUGCUAUUCAGGAUCUGGGACCGCCUGAUUUGGUGCAGCUGGUCAAAUUGAACCAUCAUUCCCACAAAGAGAUAUCCACUUUUUUCUACAUUACUGGGACAAAUGUCACGAGUUCCUCGUCUGUUGCUGCCGUGCUCAAUAGUUUUGCAAUGAUCAUUUCUGAAAGCCCUCAGUUAUGGUUUGGGAAACACAAACCUUGGCGUGUAAUCCAGGCGACCUUCUGUUCCUACAAUGUAUUCAGUAAGACAGACGCCGUCGUCACGGUGCAUAUCCCUGGAAGUGCAGAGUCUCACAUGGUUUCUAGCACUGGUGAGAAAAUAAAGGAAACUGAACAAUUGUGGUUAGAGACUUUCAUCAGUUCCAUGAUCAGAAGUAUUAUUACUGCCGAUGACGAUGACGCGGAAUUUGCUUCCAUAGUUGAGCUGAGGAAAGUUAACCCACUGCUGAAUGACGAAUCAGUCACUCUUUUUCUUGAAGGGUUUGAAGCAUUGUUUUGGGACGGACAGAAAACCGGCUGCCAUGCUAAUUUGCAAUUGCCUACCCUACUAGAAAACUACCUUGUAGACACUUUCUUCAAGGUUUUACAACUGACAAGAAGAUUCGACCAAGGAGUUGAAAUUGUCAACAGACUAAUAGAACAAGAUGAAUCCUGCCGAGUCUUGCUGGCUAAGGUGUACAUGCUGAGUAACCAAGAGAUUAAGGCAAUGGACAUCAUCUGUCAGGGAAUCAAGAUAAACCCUCGUGAUGCUGCAUUGUUAACACUACAAGCCGAAAUAUGUAUGGGCAAGUCUAGACACGAUUUAGCCAUUCAUGCUGCAACACGAGCAGUUGAGUCUUCUCCCUCAGAGUUCAAAUGUUGGGCAACUCUUGCCAAGAUUUAUAUCAACGUUGGCAACUUCGAGGAAGCACUAUUGACUUUGAAUUCUUGUCCAAUGGUUACCCAUAAGGAUAGGUAUCAUUUAAAGCGUGUUUUCAAUCCGUUGAAACAGGACCUCCAUCUCCCACUACCAGUUGAUGUCACCAUUGACGAGGUUACCACAUUGAAUCCUGCCGAUGUGACACAAGAGCAUAAGACUGUGGACGCAUCGUUAUUGAAUCUUCCAGCUGCAAGCUUAAAGUCUACCUUUGCUGAGGCAUAUGGAUUAUUAACGGAAAUCGUUCACAAGAUUGGAUGGGAAGAGCUGUUGAGGUACAGAGCCAAAGUUUUUGUGAUGGAACACGAAUACAAAAAGGAGAAAUCCCAUUCAGCUACUUCCAGUACUACUCUUGCCAAUGACGCCACUAUCAAAGCUAUCAAUUGUGGAAAUGGACAGCAAAACGGAAACGCAGUCAAUGACGAUGAUUUCAGAGCUAAGCGAUUGUGCGAAAGGUGGUUGGACAAUCUGUUUAUGCUUCUUUAUGAAGAUCUGAGGGUGUAUACGAUGUAUCGUGCCGAACACAUGCACUUGACGGCACAGCAAAUGGAAUUCAAGAAGACCACUUUAGAAUGGGAGUUAAUAGGGAUGGUUUCAUGGAGGUUAAAACACUUCAAGGAGGCAUCUGAAGCAUUCAAGUAUGCACUAGGUCUGAGGUUUUCGGUCAAGGCAUGCAAGAAAUUAAUUGAAUUCUAUCUGAACGAACGCUCCAGAAUGAACCAGCCAGAAACCUCAAUUGCCCUCAACAACUUAAAUCAAUCCACAUUAUCCAUCCAAGAGAUUCUCAAGUAUCGUUCGUUCCUCGAUAUCAACCUAAUUUCAAACUUGGUCAAACUAGGAGUUUGGAAUCACCGCUGGUAUGCUGAGUUUUCUCCAAAACUCAUAGAAAGCCUUGCGGUUGUUGUGGAGAACGGAGGGCUUAUCAAGGUAGAAAACGAGGUUAAGGCUACCUAUUUCGAUUCACAAGAUGGAGUUUACGACUUGAUGAACGAGGUAUUCAAGUUCAUGAAGCAUUACGAUUAUCCUGGGACUGACAACUAA